AUGAGCGAAGCCAAAAGGACAGUACUCCUGGCGGAGAAAAAACACGACGAAGGAGUGACCGCCGUCACGAACAAAAACAUCCUUUUCAAGGAGUGCAAAUACGCAAACGAAUUCAGGGAGACAUUUAUCAAUAUCGAAACGGACUACAGCUUGGAGAGUGAAAAAGAAAAAAACAACAUCCCCCUGCUGAAGGUGUUUAAAAAAAAGUUAAAAGAAGAAAAGGCAUGCAGUAGAGUGUUGAUCCUGUUCCAAACAUCGAAGGAAGGAAGUAGUAGGAGUUGUUUGAAGGAGCAUCUGCUGAAGGUGCUCGAGCAAGACUACAACCAAGCCAUCACAGGUGUGUGUGUCUUUGUGCACGUGCAUUCCAUCAUGCUGCUAGAAUCCUUGGCAACGAAAAUUUUGUUUUCCUUUAUCAAACAGCUAAAAGGGAUGAAGAAUGUGAACGGGGUCCAGGUUUUGUAUUUCAGCGAGCUCAACAAGAAGAGCGUGACUGACCACUUCGCCUUCUUUGAGUACACUAAGGAACAGCCCAAGGGCGCGCCCCUCUCCGCCGAGCGCAACUUCGUGGAAGAGGUCUGGGAGCUGUACAUAAGCACCCUGCAGUUCUGCUGCCUCGUGAAAAACAGCGCAGAGCACCAGGGCAUCUUCGACAAAAACGAAAACGUUAAAAAGAACUUCGCCCUGCUGCCACACUUGUAUAGCGAUGCCGCGAAGCAGUACGUGUGGACCGCCGACGGUAAUGAGAUCAGCGUGGGGACGGGGCCCAAGUGA